AUGUUUGUGUCUCAAGACUUGAAUAGCAUUUUCGCAGGUUACGGCAUAAAAAAUGUACCAGAGGGCCCGUUGGGACUCUUAAACCCAAAUGCCUUGACAGAGUAUCGAGGACUCAACUACAUGAUGGGUGGUGAUCCUGAUGCGAUAUCCAUAGCCAGCUUUAUAAAGCAUUUCAAUGCAAAGCUUCUGGGUUCAUCUACAAACACCCAUCCUUUGGUGUCUAUCGCUGGAAACGUAUCAUAUGCAACCCAUUUCCCUCCUGUUGAUAACCUGAAUGCGGCAAUUUCUGGUGCUAUGGCCGUCAAUUUGGAUCUAGAGCUAGAUUACUUGCUGCAAGAACUGAAUAGUCCAUUUGCAUCAAACUUGAAUGCAAAAAACGAAUGGAAAAUGAUCAACAUACACAUUGGAAGCAAUGAAAUGUGUCAAUCCUGCGACAGCAAGCUCACUAACUUGACUACACCUGAGGUAUAUGCUAGGGAAAUAGAAAAUGCUGUUCAACGUAUCAAAAGAUCGAUCCCCAAGACCUUUGUCAAUCUGAUUGGCAUGUUUAGAUUCUCUGUCAUCAACCAAAUGGCAAAAGCAAACCCACAAUACUGCGCUAAUAGAGAUAUUAUCAAGCCUUGUGAAUGUUUUCUUCAAAACAAGAUGGAUCAUAUGGACAGCUUGAUGGAGCAAUUCAAUACAAAGCUGAUGGCCAUUGCCAACAAGUAUGCACCUCAGCCAGGAUCCACAUUCGGAGUAGCAUACACUCCAUUUCCAAUCGAUUUCCAGUCAUUUCCUAUCAAUGCAUUUAGCAACAUUGACUGCUUUCAUCCUUCUGUCAGCGCUCAUCAGUGGAUGGCAAAAUCAAUCUGGAAUCAGCUAUUUACAAAAUCGAAGCCGUCUACCAUGUUAUUCAACUUUUCUGAAGAGAUCUAUUGUCCCACAGACAUUGAUAGACUAGCAAUCUAA